AUGCUCCAGUUCCUGCUCGGAUUUACUUUUGGCGAACUGGUUGGCAUGUAUCUGGCUCUGAACUGUGCCACACCCAACCUGGCUAAAAAGCUUAAAGAAAUUAAAAAGGACUUAGAUGCCAAGAAGAAACCCCCCAGUUCAUGA